GCGGCGGCGCGGGCCCUGAGGCGGGCGGGCGCGCGCGGGGCAGCAUGGAGGCGCGGCUGCCCUACGACGACUACCCGGUGGUGUUCCUGCCGCCCUACGAGAGCCCGCCCGCCUGGGUGCCGCCGCACGAGCGGGUUUAUCACCCCGACUACAACAACGAGCUGACGCAGUUCUUGCCCCGCACCAUCGUCCUCAAGAAGCCCCCCGGGGCGCAGCUCGGUUUCAACAUCCGUGGAGGGAAGGCCUCGCAGCUGGGGAUCUUCAUCUCCAAGGUGAUCCCCGACUCGGAUGCGCACAGAGCUGGGCUGCAGGAAGGGGACCAGGUGCUCUCAGUGAAUGAUGUGGAUUUCCAGGACAUUGAGCACAGCAAGGCUGUGGAGAUCCUGAAGACAGCCCGUGAAAUCACCAUGCGUGUACGUUACUUUCCCUACAAUUAUCAGAGACAGAAGGAAAGAACUGUUCACUAAUAAACAGCUGUCUGCUGGGGCAUCUCUAGAGUGCCUGUCCUGCAGAACAGUCUCUACUACCUUUCCUCAACAUCCAAAAUGAUACAUCAACCUUCAGCUGUCACUGGAGGUACAACUGUCCUGUUGGCUGCAUGGGCAUCAGCUGUGCUUCCUGCUUGGAGGGACACUACAGAGUCUUAAUCAUCUAGAAGAUGGAUGGAGCUUUAAUCUGCACUCCUUGAAUUAGGUCUUGAGACAAGCUCAUGGUGCUGAUGUGGAAAUGGAUACUGGAGGGCAGCAUCUUCAGUGAGACCUGCGUUUCUAUUCUAGUAGGACUUAUUUUUCAGAGAGUGCUCUGCUGGUUCUGGAUUCAACCCUUGUUUCUAAGGUGUAAGGCCAAGAAUGUCCAAGUGUACUCAAGCAGAGCAUGCCCAUAAUCUCCAAGGGAUCAGCCACUUCAUUCCCUUUCUGGUGACACAGAAUCCUUUCCUUCUGCGCUGUUCUACCUCUGCUCUAGACUACUGGGUUUGCUUGGGAUUCAAGGAAGAGGAGUAAAAUCCAGUCAAAGCCCAUCUCUAGCUCUUCUGCACUGCUCUGCCAAGGCAUUGUGUUUGUACCUCUUUGUUGUCUAGCUGCCCCUACAUUACUGGGCCAAGAUACUUGGAGCAUGUUUCUAAACUGCUGUGGACACUUGAUGAGGUUCCUUUUCAUGCACUGCUUGCGCUUUUAAAGGUUUCACCUGCUGGAGCUGCUUUCUUCACUUGGUGCAGCCCUGUCUGUCCCUUCCACAAUCAGAACUCCCUGCUACUUUGAGGGAAAUCCCUGUUUCUUAUGCAUCUUAUCUCCUGCUGGGGGCAAUUCACCCACCUGCUGUUAAAUAGGUCAGAUGGUGACUGUUCUGCACAGAAAAGAGAAGGCUGCUGUGCCAUGUGCUGGGAGGGCACAGAUGGAAGAACAUACUGGUUAUCAGCAAAGCUGGGUCUAAGCACAUGGGGGUACACAAUAUAAAUCAUGAGCAGAACAGCCCUUGGUCUGGCCUUCUAUGCAGUGUUUUCCAUUUGCCUGUAAUAACUGACAUAAUAAAACUAGUACAGCAACCAGA